AUGAUAAGACUCAAGGAACAGGCUACUUUUGGGAAGAUCUACCAGAUAAGAUAUAGAGACAGAAUGCUGCUGAAGAGACUCAGGGAAAUAACCGUGAUCCAGACAUAUGGAAUUCGGAUGGAGGGAAGCAUCACAUGCACAAAUGAAGGGGAUUUAUUGAGAAUCCUGAGGAGUUUGGCUCCCAAGAAGAAGGACAUAGCAAUACUGAGUCCUUCUACAUUGAUAAUCAAUGAAGAGAUAUACAAAAUGUUCAGAAUAUUAAAUGCAGCAGGGAUAUCGCUAUUUCUGUUUGUUCUCCAAGACAACCCGGUUUGGUACAUAGAUGAAGUGUUGUAG